AUCACGAAGCUUAUCUCAGUUCAUCACAACACAAGAGUUUUCUAUUGCCUUUCACAUUCAGGUUUGGUCCUCAUCAUGUUAGGAUGGAUUCAGCAAUCCUCAACCAAACAAACUUGAGUACAUCACACUCUUGCACCAUGGAGUCCUCAGUGAAUCAGCGUGUGAUUCUGGCUGCCUAUUCUCUUUUUUUCAUCGUGGGCUUUCCAGCAAACUGCCUGUCUCUGUAUGUAGCCUGGAGGUUGAUGAGGAAUGGGAACAACACAGCAGUCUACCUUGUCAACCUGUCCAUUUCUGAUCUGCUCUACACAAUUACUCUUCCUGUGUGGAUUGAACUGGCCAAGGAGAGUCCUAUAGGUGGCGGUCUCUGCAGCCUAGUGGCUGUGAUCAUGUUCAACAGCUUUUACGUCGGCUCUGGCCUCCUUUGCUGCAUCUCCGUUGAUCACUAUGUAGCAGUGGUCUAUCCUCUCCAGUUUCACUGGGUCAGGGAGGUGCGGACAGCAGCACUUGUGAGUUUUGCUGUAUGGGUUUUGGAGAUUGUCAUCCACGUUAUCUUACUUGACCACACAGGGGCGCUGCAAGCUUUCUCCUCAAGUGACUUGUGUGAGGAUAGAGUACCCAUGACACAAGAGAGUACCAACCUUGCUCUCACUCGGGUCAGCCUCGGUUUCCUGGUCCCCGUCUUCAUCAUGACUUUUUGCUUUCAGCAGAUCAUGCGAUCACUCAAACAGAGCACUUCCAUCAUGGCGGAGGAGCGCAGGAAAGUAGGACUGCUGUUGUUGUCCCUGCUUCUAACCUACACAGCAGCCUUUGUGCCCUACCAGACUGUCAUGCUACUCAGGGCCAUACUCGAGCCCAGAGCCUGCAUCUGGGCCACAAAGCUCAGAGAUCCAUAUCUUGUCACAGUCACCACCACAACCAUAAACAGUGUAUUGGAUCUUAUAUUAUACUGUUUAAUCAGUGAAAGUGCUAAGAGCGAAGUCAGGAAAGCUCUAGAGAAAUUCAGAGGACUUUUAAUGUGGAGGAAAUGGUCUCUCUAAUGGAGUUAUUUUCAUUUUUUUGUGA